AUGAACCGGCCGAACCGGCCUCGAAAUCGGCAACCUCGCCCCCCACGUCAACAGCAGAAUAACCAACGAGGUGACUCAUCACGGCCAUCUCGCGCACCUGCAACACCACAGCAAGCAUCAGGCACAGUCCCAACAGUACAACAAGUCAUCCCUGGAGCUUCAGUAUUUAUCAUUCUGAAAGAAGACCAGCCCACAGGAGAGGAGACAAAAGGAAUAGUGCAGGAUAUACUCACGCGGGGCAAUCAUCCACGAGGUAUCAAAGUGCGACUACAGGAUGGCCAGGUGGGCCGAGUACAGAGAAUGGGCAACACAGCUGCAGCUGUAGCGACGGCAGAUGCUGGAGGUCAGACGCAGUCAACAAGAUUUACUAUGCGAUACACAGAUGUGAGGCAAGACGAUGAGUUUGCUACUGGGCCUCCACCAAGGAGUUUGGCGGAUUUCAUACCGGAUUUUGAUGAGGCUUUGGGGAGUUCUGCGAGUGCUGCUGGCGUUGAGACGGUCAAGUGUCCGUUUUGCGAAGGGUUUGAAGGAGAUGAGGCGGCUGUUACACAUCAUAUUGAUCGGGAACAUCUAUCGUAG